AUGUCCGCCAUGCAGAACAUGAAGUGUGUGGUCGUCGGCGACGGAGCCGUAGGCAAGACAUGCGUGCUCAUUUCGUAUACGACCAAUACGUUUCCGGGCGAGUACAUCCCCACGGUGUUCGACAACUACAGCGCUAAUGUGAUGGUGGACAACCGGCCUAUCAACCUUGGGCUCUGGGAUACCGCGGGUCAGGAAGACUACGACCGCUUGCGGCCGCUGAGCUACCCACAGACAGACGUGUUCCUCAUUUGCUUCUCCGUUGUUAGUCGCGCCUCGUUCGAGAACGUCAAGUCAAAAUGGCUACCGGAAAUCCGCCACCACGCGCCGGGUGUGCCGUUUAUUCUGGUGGGCACCAAGUCGGAUCUGCGUGACGAUGAAGAGACACUCGAAAAGCUGAAGGAGAAGAAGCUCGCCCCGAUCACCAAGGAGCAGGGCGAGACGCUCAAAACGGAGCUGGGUGCGUACAAGUACAUGGAAUGCUCGGCACUGACGCAAAAGGGGCUCAAAUCGGUAUUCGACGAGGCUAUUCGAUGUGUGAUCACCAACCAGCAGAAUCCCAAGGCCAAGCAGAAAUCUUUUAAGUGCUCCAUCCUGUAG